UUCAUCCCUCAAAAUGGUCAAAAUCAUCAUGGGAGGCGCCGGCCUCACAGACGCCGGUAAAUUCAACACCCAAGAAUCUCGCGAGAAGGUUCUCGACCUCCUCCUCUCCUACGGCGUCAAGAACAUUGACACCGCACGCCUCUACGGCGGCUCCGAAGAAGCCAUCGGCAAACUCGCCAAGCGUACGGAAUUUGUAAUCGACACCAAACUCGUCGGCGGCUUCAGCCCAGGCAACGUGCACAAAGACCAAGUCAUCGCCGACGCACAGCACAGUCUGGACCGCGUGGGCAUCAAGCAGUUCGACGUCCUGUACAUCCACGCGCCGGAUGAGACGAUCCCUUUCGAAGAGACGCUCGAGGGCGUGAACGAGGUCUACAAAAAGGGCAUUUUCCGCCGCUUCGGCCUGAGUAACUUCAACUCCGCGCAGGUGCAGCAGGUUUAUGACAUCUCCAAGAAGAACGGCUGGGUGCUGCCGACCAUGUAUCAGGGCAACUACAGCCCCAUCGCAAGACAUCUCGAGACGCUGCUUUUCCCGCUGCUGAAGAAACUCGGCAUUGCGUUUUAUGCGUACUCUCCUAUUGCCGGCGGGUUUCUCACCAAGUCUGCGGCGGAGCUGGAUUCUGGCGCCGGCCGCUUCAAUGAGCAAGCCAUCGGCGGGCUAUACUCCAAGCUCUACGACACCCCGGAGAUGCGCCAGGCACUCGUCAAGUGGAACGCCAUCGCGGACAAGGAGGGCGUGAGCAAUGCGGAGCUGGCGUAUCGAUGGGUGGCGGCGCAUAGUGCGUUGGCAAAGGAUGAUUUUGUCAAGGGCGAGGAGAAUGGAAUUAUUAUUGGCGCGAGUAGGCUGGAGCAGGUUGAGCAGACGGUCAAGGCGAUUCAGAAGGGCGGGUUGAGCGAGAGCGCGGUCAAGGGGAUUGAGGAGAUUUGGCAGAGUGUUAAGGAGAAGGCGCCGGUGGAUAACUAUCAUCAUUUCAAGAGGGAGGAUUAGAUUGGAAAGGGGGAAGAGAGCUCUCAAGUUUCCGAAGAAGCGAGGAAUAGCUAAUGCAGCCAGACUGCGACAGCAGUCUAAGAUGUAGAGAAAACAAUGGGACAAAGCUGCGAAUACCUUCAAGGAGUCUUUUAA